AACUGUGGGGAACAAUCACUGUAGCCCAACAUUAUACAGAGAGACUGGCUGCGCUUUAAUGUGUGAACUCCAUGGCUGUAAAAUGAAGGAAUGAUUUUCCUUAUCAGGGAAAACAUGUUUGUUUAUAUUCCAAGGAAACUAGACAGCAAAUCCCACUGAAAUCACGGACAUGUGGCGGUGAAGAUGGGGGACUGGAACUUGUUGGGGAGCAUUUUAGAGGAGGUUCAUAUUCACUCCACCAUCGUGGGUAAAAUCUGGCUGACCAUCCUGUUCAUAUUCCGGAUGCUGGUUCUCGGCGUGGCGGCCGAGGAUGUUUGGGUGGACGAGCAAAGUGAGUUCGUCUGCAACACGGACCAGCCGGGAUGCAAGAACGUUUGCUACGACCAAGCGUUCCCGAUAUCCCUCAUUCGCUUUUGGGUACUGCAGAUCAUUUUCGUUUCCUCGCCUUCGCUGGUAUACAUGGGACAUGCUCUGUACCGACUGAGGGCUUUAGAGAAAGAAAGGCACAGGAGGAAAAUUCAGCUGAGAGCAGAGCUGGAAGAGACGGAAGGCCUCUUGGAGGAGCACAAGAAGUUGGAGAAGGAACUGAGGAAGCUAGAAGAGCAGAAGAAUAUUAGGAAGGCUCCUCUGAGGGGCUCCUUGCUGCGCACAUAUAUAAUUCAUAUCCUUACCAGAUCAGUGGUGGAAGUGGCGUUCAUUGUAGGGCAGUAUAUCUUAUAUGGGAUUGGACUAGAUCCUUUGUACAAGUGCGAGAGGGUGCCUUGCCCAAACAGCGUGGACUGUUACGUCUCCAGGCCGACAGAGAAGACCAUCUUCAUGGUUUUCAUGAUUGUCAUCGGAGGAGUUUCGUUGUUCCUGAACCUCUUGGAAAUAUCCCACCUGGGGGUUAAAAAAAUUAAACAGACUCUAAGCGGUCUCCAGCUCGUCGAGGACGACAGUCCUUGCAAAACCAAGCACUCGACCAUUCAGCAACUGUGCGUAAUGACGAAUAUGUCGCCCCACAAAAACCCGCAGUUGAAAACUUUUAUUCCGCAGGGGCAAACGGACCCUCCGCUGUUCUUAACCAGUGCUUACAUCGGCUCGAGCAACAACAUGCUGCGGCACAACAGUUUCGCCGCGGCCACCCUCCCGGUGUCCUGCAUAACCCAGCAGCCCCGGCAAAUGCGCCAGCCUAGCCAGGGAAUUAUCCAUGAACUGCACUCCCAAGGGUCCAUGGAGUUACUAGUGGACCGGGAAAACUGCGACCAGCAUCUAGAGAGCAGUAACGGCUCGGAGAGGGAUGUUAGGCCUUUUAACUCGGGUCAUCUGGGUCCUGAGGGUCAUACAGAAAUACCAGCCUGCCUUCGCAAUGCUCUGCACAGGCCCAGCCGUGUGCCAGACCUGGGGGAUGACACUGUGGAGUCCUCCGAGAGCGACUUCUGUCCGCCCAACAGGAAAGCCAGUUUCAUGGUCCGUAUGCCCUCAGACAGUAUUUCCGGCAGUCCGUCAUGUCCCUCCACAAGGAGUUCAGAGUCCGAGCUAGGCUCCCUCAACGACCUGCCCAUGAACCCACCACCAGGGGGAGGACGACGGAUGUCUAUGAGUGUAUUCUUGGAUAUCUCUUCCAUCAUGAAAAAGUGAAAGUAAGAAGGACAGAAGGACAACAGGAAUGUAACAGGCCGUUCAUGAGCAGAAAUGAAUGGAGAUAUCAGUGACAAAGGGUUUCACUCUGAUCUGCUCUGCUUGGAAAGCACUGGUCUAACGCAGCUUCAUUGUGGUAUAAGUAGUGCUGUUUUGUACGGUUCAUUUUUUUUAAAUUGUAAGCAUCUUAAUUUACCAGUAAAGCACGGUAUACAUUUUUUCCAUGUCUAAUUAUGGAAGCCAAAAGACAUCUGUGCAUAUUUAUAAAAGCUUCAGACAGCUGGCAAAAAAUAACAUUUUUAAAUCAUUUAGCUUACAUCCAUAAAAUGUGAUGCAAGCUAAUGGACUCUUACAUCAAAUUCUGAAGAAAAUAAAAGUUUUCUUAUUUCCAACAGUGUUUGUGUUUGAAUUCAGGGUGAAUACGGAUCAUGCAAAUGUUAUACUCCUCAGAGCAAAUGAUGCAAAACACAUUCAAUCUGCAUAAAACAUGCUUGGCAAUUUAUGUAAUAUCCUAGUAGACAAAUUCAAUGUGGACACAUUCAAGAAUGUAACAAAUACAGAUUAUGAACAUUGAGGUCACAACUUUUCAAGAUUUGAUUAACAAAAGCAAAACAAUCAUUUUCAAAGAAUCCCACAAAUACCUAUAAACAGAAUAUGUACAAUACAUACAAAAUCUACAUAAAAGAAACGAUUGUAAAACGUCUUUUAAAAAGGUUGUAAACCAUUUCUGCUACAGACCUUGUCAGAGACGAGAGGUAUAUCGAUUUUACAGGUAGAUCUUUGAAUGUCAAAACUCUCCCUACUGCAUGUAAACUAAUAACCAAUAUUCAUAUUUGCCCUUAUCACAAUAUUCAUAUCACAACUGUGGUGCAUCAUAUGACAAAGGCAUGAUGCCUGAUUUAUCCAAAUCCAUACUCAAAGAUCAUGAGAAUAAAAACUCAGAAUAUGCACAGAAUUCUGAAGAAUAAACAUUAUGAGGACACAUUUGAAGUCUUGACAGUCAAUUUUUUGAGAGUCAUCUUUUAUGGGGCACAAAUUAACCUACACGACUAUAUGAGAUUUUUGAUAGAUUUUUCCCAAUGUGAACUUAUGCUACCAUGUUAUAACAAUCAGAUUCCCAAAACUUUUGGUAAAACAAAAUAUUAAACAUGAAGUUUAAUCAAGUCUUACAUUUUAUUAAAGUCAUGCAGUCCACAAUAAUUUGAAGUAAACAGACUAAAUUAAUUAAAACAUAUACCCCAUCUCACCUUUGAACUUAAUUAUUGUGUCAAUGCAGACAUGAGUGGCUCCUACACGUGGUAGCUUAAAGCAACAACAAUGUUAGAAACAAAAAUAGAAAUGCAGAAUUAAGCUUUUCCAACUGUUUUACCUUAAGGCUUGAAUUUUCACCACAUGUUAUUAAAGCAAACAUGUAAAAGUGUUAUAAGACUAGCGAAAAUUACACCGAAUUGAUUGAGGGAGUGAAUUGAGAACUUUUAAAAGUGAAAAUAUUAGGACCAGAGUGGACUGUGGAUAAGUAUACAAACUUUUUAACAUUUAAAAAAUGAUUCUGGCAAAUCUGGCAAACCCCCCCCAAAAAUGUCAAAAUUUGCUUUGAUUUCUGACCCCAGUAAAAUGAUAAUGUGCGUAACGCCCUGAAGGAAUCAAAUCAGAUCUAAGAAAUCUAAGUGUGAGCUGCCAAAAUGAACUAAGUCAGAAUAACUUAAUUUACUAAAGUUUGCUUGGAGAGUUUUAUAUACAACAGACAUCCCUGAUCAAUCAUUUUAACAGUCUAGAAAAACUGAGCUUCAAAAAAAAAAAAAUCUGUAGAAAAUUGCUUCCAUAUCAAAUGAUGCUUCAUCACAAAAUGUUUGAGGGAACAUUUAGGCAGCUAAUCAUCAUUGCUUCAUCAUCUAUUUUGUAGAAGAGCUCUCCAAUGUACUAUUUCAGAAAGAGAUCAAAUGCUGAUUUUUCCAUGUUGACAAACAGAUUGCUUGGCUUCUUGCAAAUUCAGGUGAGCAGCUGUUUAGUUUCUCCGUUAUUCAAUUUUGUAAGGAAUGCUUAAAUGCACAAUAGAUACAAAACACUUUCAAACACUCAAUAUCACAUUUGCAUAUGCUGCUUGAUUUAAAGUUGCCAAAAAAAAAAAAAAAAAAAAUUCUGCAAUUCCUGAGAUAAAUCUGAGAACCAGAUACCAUAUAA